CCGCUUCUGCUGUAGUAGUGUCUUGUCUGCCCACCACAGUCCCUAUUUAGCACUUGUCUUAGGUGCCUUGAAAGUACUUCUUUAGAAUCAUUGCUGUAAGUUUUCAGAAUCACAGAUGUUAUAUUCCUUUAAUCCUUCAGGAUAUCAUGAAGGAACAAGUGUGGGCACUGCUGCCUCCCACCUCCAAGAAGCUGGUUUUGAGAUCCAGUCUGAUCACUGCUUAUUUGCAGUUUGUAGAUUCUCCCCCUAUUGUUUUUAUCUUGGAGUAAUAAGGAAAUGUUUUUUUCCCCACACACCACAGAUAUGCAGUUAAGUUUAACUAGUGACUGUAAACCAGCACAGCAGAUGUGCCCUUUGACAGGUAGACACAUUCUUUAGAGUUAGUCCGAACUUCAUACUUAAUGCUGCCAGGAUAGACUUCAGCUCCCCUUCAAUAUAAAAGAGUUUUAGAAGAGGCCUGUGUUUUUGACUGUAGUACCCCUUCCUGUAUUUUGUUUUUCUGUCUCAUACAAUGCCUUGCCAUGAUACACUGUAACACCCUUAGGCCCUGAUACUGAAUAAUUAAAAAUGAUUUCUAACAUCCUUUUCCUGCCCCUGAUCUUGAUAUCAGGAGCCAAUGACACAACUGCUGUAUCCAUCCACUAUUUUAUGUAAAAAUAAAUGUUUGUAUUACAAAUAAUGUUACUUGAUCUGCAGAAUUCCUUUCAAUUCCUCUCCCUUAAAGAACAAGGAACUGUGGAAUGAUACUUCACUCUUAUUUCUUCAAAUUUCAUGUCCUGGUUAGUAUCUCCUCACUGGUAAAUGUGACAACAAAAGAGUUUCAAGAUCGGUUCAAGUGUUCUGUGUGUCUGGAUAUCCUCAAAGAGCCGGUCUCAAUCCCAUGUGGACACAACUACUGCAAGCAAUGUAUUGAAGAUUACUGGGAUACGGCUGAGGUGUUCUGCUGCCCUCAGUGUAGACAGGCCUUUUUUCCACGACCUGUUCUUCAAAAAAACAACCUGCUUGCUGAAAUUAUACUGAAAUCAAUGCAGGAGGAGCCCGGUGUGGUUGCCAGUUAUGCAGAACCGGGUGAUGUGUCCUGUGAUGUCUGUACUGGGAGCAAAUACCGAGCCGUCCAUUCCUGCCUGACCUGCCUGGCUUCCUAUUGUGAGACGCACAUUCAGCCUCAUAAGGAGACUACAGCUCUGAAGGAACACAAACUGGAGAAGCCGAGCAGAAACCUGAGACAGAAACUCUGCUCUGAACACCAGGCAGUGGUGCAGCUCUUCUGCCGAACUGAUCAGAAGUGCGUCUGCGUACUGUGUGUAGCCGUAAGACACAAGAAUCAUGACCUGGUGGAGAUGGAGAUGGAGAAAGAGGAGAAACAGAUUGCUCUGUAA